UUGAUGAUGGAAACUGACGAAAUUUACAGAAAAAGUCGAUGCUGAAAAGUGAUCAAUUUGGCUUACUCUACAAAUAAGUUAGUGGUAAAGCAAAGUAGGUGAUUGCUUAAGAGGUUGCUGAUUAUGAUUGCAACAUUGAACUUCCACUUCACUCAAAACAAAAUCAUUCUGUUCAACAUCAUAUUUUUAAGUUCAGUGCUGCCAUUGUUCAAACUAUGCAACAUUUGAGGUGCAAGUGUUUGAGGAAACAGUCCAGGGAGAAAAGUUGGGUUCUUGUUUUUUUUUUUCCAAAAUGGCAAGCUUUGAGAGAGCAUCACCAGCUUUAAAGGAGAUACUACUCAGAAUUUACCGAAACCACUCUCAUAAUCAAUGUUGUUCCUGUCAUUACAGUGCAGAAAAGCCCAUAGAGGUUGAUCAUCACUUGUAUGAAUUUGGCUCCGUUGAAUACCACAUUAAGUCUUCAGCAUCAGCUCCACAACUUACCUACUUGUCAAUAUCAACACCUCUACUGACCCAAGGGGUAUUGCUCUCAUAUGGGCUAUCACCAUAUACCACACAAAUGGUGAGGGAAAUCUCCACUGAUGUUCUGGAGAUUGUAGAACCUGCAACAGAAGGAUACCAGCUUACUCUAAGACUUGAUUUUUCCAAGAUUCCACGGGGCAAAGACUCUCUGAAGGUAAUCACAGAAGUUUCCUCUGUCCAAUCCAUAAUACUAAGUUCUCAGCUGAAAGAAAUGUUGCAGAGUGUGAAUUCUUGGGAUGCAUCUCAAGGGAUGUACAAACCAAUCAAACUUGUAUAUCACCCAAGAGAACCUUUCUAUGUCAUCAGACAGCCUCAUAAAAUAGUGGCAGUAUUCCCCAUGCGUUUCAAAGAUUAUUCAGAUGUUAUCAUCGCAACAUCCUUCUUUCAGUGGGAUUUCCCUUAUUUGUUACCUAAACAGGAACUCAUGGAUGUGGGAAGUUCAGAAAAAUGGGCUAAAGCACCUCCUUGCAACUGGUCACCCAUUCCACCAGCUGAACUUAGAGGGGAACCGUUGGAAGAUUUGAGCACUAAUGGAGGAUUUGUCUCUUUCGAUAUAUCUUCACGCCAUGUUGAAGGUAAAAGAUUAGACAAGACAGUCUGGAGUCUAUUAAACUUCUAUGCCUAUGUGAAACACCAUGUAAAGUGCACCAGAGGCUUCAUACAAAGAAGGAUGAGAAGGCGGUUGGAAAGUUUGGUUGAGGUCCUGCAAAAUUCAAGCUUAGAAGACGAUAGACAUAUUAGAAAGUUUCAAGAAAAUGCAGGAUGGCAAUACAUGAAAAAACUGGUCAAGUUAUCAUCAAAAUCUAAAAUUCUCAAACGAAGUUGUCGUGACUUCACAAGGAAGAUUAUGAGGAUCCGUUUCCGGAUUAAAAUCCAUGGUUUUGGGCGUUUUCGUAGGCGAUGGUUGACAAUGCUGAAGUUCUCUUCUUCAAAGGGAUAUACUAAACUAGAAUAAUUUUCUCUUUUGCAUCUACAUAAACC